GUGCCAAAUGCGGCCGAGAAUAACUCCAAUAUCAAGCUCCUAUUUCGCCGACUCCGUUGCUUAUCGCCAUGCGAUGCUGUCGGAUACAUGGAAGCCACAUUUAAUGCAAUUGAGAAGUGUACUUGAUAAUGUGCACGGUUGUGUAAGGCAGUGUUCGAAAUUGCUGUGUUCAUCUGAGUAUCCAGAUCGACAGCCACACAAGGUGCUCAAUCGUACAGCUCAUGUUUCUGGGCCCAAACCCAUUUUGAUCUCAAAUUUACAUUUUUUGUGCCUCGUUGCUUACUUCAACCGUUGUGAAAACCUAGAUCACCAAGUGUUAGAGCGGCUGGUAGUGUUUCGUGACAAGUGCGCUCAGCUGAAACUGAAUUCGCCACAUCCGUCCCGGCCGCACAUCUCGACAGUGGUUGGCUCGGCAGUGUGGACAGAUGUCAAGGCGUUAUUUCGACCUGAUGCACAUGAUACCUUGACAGCGAUUAGGUCCGAGGGGCUUGGCGAUCUGUGUAUAUUCAUUCGCAACUCGGCAGCGAUGAACAAGGCAAACCAGGACAGCGCCUUCGAUGCUGGCAUUCUCGCGUAUAUCUCCCGAGUCAUUCACCAACUUGUGGUACGCGAGAUUACAUGCCCGGAAGCAAUGAAAUGCGUGUCGUUUGCUGCGCAGGCGUUGUCCAAUAUUGCUACUGGAAACAAGAAAAUCCAGCGUUCUUUGUUUGAAACUGAACUGGCACCGUCAGCGUCACCAAUGAACACGAUGAUAUGGUACUUGCUGGCAUCGGUCAAUAGCAAGACGAACAUGGCGUGUCUGGUACUGAUCCUUAACUCUAUUAAGGACGAUCUCCCAGCAACCGAACUGCUGUGUCAGAGCGACGCUGGCCGGCUGGUGGUGAGCAAGAUUGGAGAGAUGUUUGGCGAGAACGAAGAUGACGAAUCGGAGCUGAAGAACGUCUUGUAUGCUGUGCUUGACCAGGUGAUUUCAGCUGGCCAGCUACCACCUAUCAUUGGUAAUGAGGUGUCGGUCGAGCAGUACGGUCUCCUUGACGCUCUAGGCAGUGCUGCAGCCAUCACCCUGGAUCAGAUCCGCAUCAUUACGACCUUGCUGGCCCAGAUUGAGGCGCUGCUAGUGGAUAUCUGGGAAGUUACCUGCCGAGGUAUGGACGGAGUGGUCGACACACACCGUAGCUUCAGCGCACUUGUGUCGAUAUUGGGCACAGUGACGGAGCUAGGAGACGCAUCUAUGACAAGUAUGCUGGUCGAGCAAAAGACUCUACAUAGCAUUGUACGCUUGCUUGGCCUACUCAACAGGCAUCUGCCCAGGAUCGAGCGGGCUAGCGAGCAGGAGGCUAGGGCAGCCAGCGGCGAGACUGACAGUUCUGUGGCACGCCUGUUCAUGUUUAAGCGCGAUCUGAUCAGGAUUAUUUCCAAUGCCGCACACCACAAUGUGCAGGUGCAGGAUCUGAUGCGUGAACUGGAUGGGCUGGCGCUGGUGCUCGACCACAUGCGGAUUGACGAGAAUCACCCGUACAUUCAAGGAACAUGCAGAAACCAGGCGAACCAGGACUACGUGAGCAAGAUGAGUGCUAUGGAGAUGGCCCACGAUCCGCAGCUGGAGAAGGCAGGUGUAGCGGCGACGGUUGGCGACGACGGCAAGGUGAGCAUUUCACCAGCCGACAGCGAAGACAUCGCAAAGAAACGGCGCAGAUCAUAAUUGGCUGAUCGGUGAUUUCAUAAAAAAAAAACGCGCCUUGCCACCACCAC